AUAUGUGUGUGAGUGUGUGUGCAAUGGGGCAGCAACUCACCACAUUCUCCUCCUCUAUUGUCUCUUUUAUCUCAGUAUUAGUUGUGAACAAUGUCUAUUUUGUUGCUGAAAUGUUGACAACUCUGAGGAUGAUGCCAUGUAACUACUAGCCCUUCACCUGGCCUUGUCAGUGGGGAGUUCAAGCCUUGCUUCAGCCACCUGUGUUUCCAGUGAGAUGGAGUCAUCUUGUCGUAAGGAGAAACCUAGGCCAAAAGAGGCAGCCUAUCGAGCUGACAAAACCAAACAGAAAUCUGCUUUGCAAGAACUCAAACAGAGACAGCGAGCCGAGAUCUACGCUUUGAACAAAGUGAUGACAGAACUGGAGCAGCAACAGUUUGAGGCUUUCUGCAAGCAGAUGCAGUCACAGAGUGAAUGAGGACAGCAGGGACGAGCAGGAGCCCUGCAGCCCCGGAACAGGCAGCUUUGUUGUUUUAACUCCAGAUGUACCUGAGACAAGAUGCAUUACAAAUAACGUCACCCUGCUCUCGUCCAAUAGUCCGUCUCAUCUUGCAAAAUGGCCCUGACCUCGGAUCGACUCCCACUUCUCUCCGGCAGAAUAGAACCACUUUUAGUGAUGUGCUUUAGUAAAGCCAGGCCAGAAAUCCAAUCUAAUUGCCAUCCUGCAUUGCCAUCUCUUUCCCCUUUAGAUUUCAAUACAUGUGCCAAAAGGCUGAAGACCAGAAGGGGCUUCAAUUGCUUUGCCAUGGAACAGCCAGCCACUGCUUAUUGUCCAAGCUCAAUGAAGAAUUGAGUGAAGGGCAUAUUGCUUGGAACUAGAUGUUGAAACCCAGAAUCAUGUUGACUCAUUUUCUCUUACCCUAUGCCAAGGAUGCUGGACCUCUGCCAUAUAAUGAAGUGAGCUAAGAAGACCAAUUCUCUCGUGUAUUUACAGUAUAUUUACAUUUCAUCUUAUGGAAGGAAGUCUGGAACAAACCAGCAAAGCUGGAGUCCUGGAGUCCUGCAAAAGGACCACAUUUCAUCAUCUCCAGUCGUCCAUCCAAUGAGUAACACAUUUAUUCAACAUUCCCUGAAAAAUAGCAAGCAACCCUAAUGUUACAUCUGCAGCCCGCACUUCUCCCUUUUGAAGUUGAUUUGUGAAUUCUCCAGGAAUUUGUUCCAAAUGUGCUCAUAUCUUUCGGAGAAAAGUUGUAUUUCCAGACUUCUCACCGUGUGAAGUCUGGAAUUGCAUUACUUUUAUUCUGCAAGCCGUGCCGUCAUUCCACUUUUUUAUUUUCAUGAACCCAGAACUAUUAGGAAGCUUCACUUUUCACCCAGUGCAAAGAAGCUGGAAACACCUGGAGCUGAUGGCUGACACCAGAGAGUGAGAGUGAGAUUCCUGUCUCUAGCCUUGCAGGCCUCAUGCAGUUGCUUGUAAACGUUGGGUUCAUUAACACAACUUUCAAAGAAUCUUUAGAACAAUCUUGCUUUCCCAAAAUGUGGCACAGUGAUGCAGCGGUAGAGUUGCUGCCUCACAGCGCCAGAGACCCGGGUCCGAUGCUGACUACGGGUGCUGUCUGUACGGAGUUUGUGCAUUCUCCCCGUGACCUGCGUGGGUUUUCUACGAGAUCUUUGGUUUCCUCCCACACUCCAAAGACGUACAGAUUUGUAGGUUAAUUGGCUUGGUAUAAUUGUAAAAUUGUUCCAUGUGUGUGUAGGAUAGUGUGGGGAUCGCUGGUCGGUGCAGACUUAAUGGGCCUGUUUCUGCACUGUAUCUAAACUAAACUAAACUCACUAAUAUGACUGUUUACUUUUGUGUUCUGUAUUUACAACUUGCAAGCUCCAUCUAUACCACGCAGGUCUCUGGGAAUGACGAUGCAUCACUUCAUCUCCACUUGUGGAAGAUAAAAUACCAUCAAUCCACCCAAGGCACAAUAUUGAGUUCCAUCAUCACGAGAGUUAAGGCCAGGAUAAAUAACCUGACAUGUUCUUGGCUACAUCUGGGAGCAUGUAAACUCUUUAAAGCUUGAAGCCUUUGCAAAGGGAGUGUUCAAAACUGAAAUGUAAACUGGUGCAAGUUGGGUCACGUACUUUGACAGGUCCUCAUUUUCCAAAAUGAAGUAUUCUCCCACUAAGCUUUUUGUGUGUUUAGAAACCUGCCGUUAUAUGUUUAAUUAUUUACUGUUAUACCUUUAGUUUGUGCCUUGCAUUGGUCCAGAAUCCCCACAAGUGCCACCCAGGUGAAGCAAGGUGGCUAUGAAUGGCUGUGAGGUUGUAGUAUACCAUAAAAAGGUUGGUUUAGUUUAGUUUAUUGUCACGUGUACUGAUUACAGUGGAAAGCUUUUGUUGCGUGCUCUGCAGUCAGUGGAAAGACAAUACAUGAUUACAAUCGAUCCAUUGACAGUGUACAGAUACAAAGUAAAAAAUGUUGCAAUAGAAAUAGAGAUUUAAGAGUGUAGAGCGAUUGUAAUGUGAGUUUGUAGAUGUGAUUCUGUGGCUAGUACACAAAUAGUCGCCUGUGUUUGCCGCCAUCGUGGAAGAACUUGAUGUAAAGACGUCUUGCUCCAAAGGAAACCAGCCUUGUGCUGUGUUCUGGAGUCGUGCAUUGAAGUUACAAGCAGGAACAAACAGUCUGCAUCUCAGAGCAUUGUAGUGGCACAGCAGAUACCUACUCCUGCAGAACAGCACUGGGGGUCGAAGUCAACAGUGAAACCAGUUGUCAGCCAAGGUGACUCCACGGCACUCUAUGCUUCAACUGUGAGUAUCAUCAGAAUCGCUGGUGGAGGUAGACACUGAAUAUUCAGUCAUGUCUUCUACCCUGAGACUCACUUUUUAAGAAUGUUGCAAAUUUCAUCCUGUUUAUUUUAAACAUUUCAAAAAAGAUUAAUCUGAAGGAAGAACUAGCCUCUGCUCUCAAAUUGGAAGUUUUAAACUCGACAGUUCUAAAUUCCUUCGUUAGCGACAGAAAGCACGAACGUGAUUAUAAUCGCUAGCCCCUUCCCUUGAUGUCUGCACUGGAGAGAUGAAUUGUAACGUUACUUUUUAACACAAAGAGCAAAAACAAAGCUCGUCUCCUUCAGUCAUUACCCUUAAUCAUGAAGAUUGAUUGUUUAAAUGUUAUCAUGGUUCCUAACAUUAUGUAUAAGGAGUUUGUAUAGUAUAUAUUAAUGGCAAAUGUUGUAGACAAGAUACCACUAGAUAAAUUAGAAAAUGCUAGAAAUACUCAGCAGGUCAGACAGCAUUUUGGUGACUUUGGUUGUGAUCAAACAUAUUCAGGAAUUGUAAAGACAUUUUAAAGGUGCUAUCAUGUUGAUGGUGUGCUAUCAAAUCAAAAACGGAUUUGGUUCGUUCCCAUUGACUCAUUUGCCAUUCCGUUACAAAUAUCAAAGUGGAUCACCUUUGCACAAGAGGAAUUUGGUCUGGGGUUGAAUGGUCCUCAGAAGCACACUAAUGUUGAACAUAAUCAUGGCUGUUUGCUCCAAGCUGAGGCCAGACUCUCUCCCUGAUUCACCAUGGUUAUCACAAGUCCUCGUCUCAACCCGGGUCGAAUUAGAUUGAUUCUUCCUAAAGGUGAAUUAUUCAGGAAUUAUUCUUAUUAGGAAUUAAUUAUUUGGGAAUUAUAAGGAAAAUGGAAUCAAGAUUAUCCCACACAGCUCCUCAAGGCCGAUUCAUUAUUCAAUAAGAUCAUGGCUGAAUAAUGUCCCCUCCAUUACACCCUGUUCCCACAAGUUGUGUUUCUUCAGUUCUCUGUCAUCAAACAUCUACAGCUCACUCGUGGAGCAACUAUUUCAGCGCUAAAUGCCGGAUGCUUACUUGUUAGCAAUUAGUCAAAGCUUCCACUGCAGGUAGCGUUUACUGAAAUGUUCUCACCUCAGAGUUGACCUUGAUUUCCACAGAUAGUGAAUCAUAUUUUGUGAUGUUGGAUACGACAGAAGGGAAGAUGUUCCUUGUUGUGUUUCUACUUACAGUGCGGUUGUAAUAAGACAGAGCCUUGAUUCAGCUUCCCAUUUGAAGGCCAGCAUCUCCCCCAGUGGGGUGUCAGCCCAGGUCUGAAGAAGGGUCUCGACCCGAAACGUCACCUAUUCCUUUUCUCCAGAGAAGUUGUCUGACCCGCUGACUUAGUCCAGCAUUUAGUGUCCAUAUGAAGUGUCUCAUGUCAGUCUUCUUCUUGUGUGUGGCAUGCACAGCCUAAAGUUGUCGGACAACUUGUUCUAUUUGAUCUUAUUUGAUUGUGCACGCCGGGUUGAUUGCAUUCGUCGAAACAGGGCGGGCCAUGUGUAGGUUGCAAUCUCCCACCCCUCUGAUGUCAGUGAGAACCCAAGAACCUGACGUGGAGAUGAAGACACAACCCUUGAGUCAAGGAGGACACCCAUACGUGGUCCACUGUAAGGCUUUUUCCCAGUAAAAUGUGAAUGUUAUUGUUUUUUUAAAUCUUGCUGUUCCUGUCCCAUUGAGUUUUGUGCAAAAUCGUGCAUCCAAUCAUGAUAGUGUGUAGAAUCCUUCAGCAGGUAUUGUAGCCAAUUGCUGAGACUUCAGCCACAUUCAGCAAGGUAGCAUGUGUUGUAUUUGUGAAUGUUAACGUGAGCCAGAGCAGUGACUGUUUACCUGUAUUGUUGCUAGAUACCCAGUCUGAAGCUGAUGUCAAUCAAUAACCCCUCAUUGAUGUAAACAACACUAAAUAAAAAUUGUAUGGAAGUGUU